AUGGCUGAUAUUCCUCCCGCAAGCUUUCCUGUUCUCACAGAUAAAAAUUGGAACAGGUGGAGUGCACAGAUGAAGGUAUUGUUUCACUAUCAAGGUGUCAGUGCGAUUGUGGAAGAGAGGGGAUGUGAACCUGAUCUUGGUGGCAUAGAGGAACAAAAGGAGGAGCUUAGGAGGAAAGAUGAUAAAGCUCUGUUUAUCAUCCAUCAAUGUGUGGACGACGUGCAUUUUGAAAAGAUUCAGAAUGCAGCCACAACAAGAGAGGCUUGGGGUUGUGGAGAAACGACUACAAACCUUAUGUUGAUUGAGAAAAUCAUGAGAUCACUACCACAGAAGUGUGAUCACAUUGUGGUAGCAAUCGAAGAGUCAAGAGACCUGGAAAAACUCAAGGUAGAAGAACUCCAAAGCUCAUUAGAGGCGCAUGAGAUGAGAAUGAGUGAAAGAAAUCCUAUUAAACUCAACGAGCAGGCGCUGAAAGUUCAACAUUCUAAGAGAAAAGGAAAAUGGAAGAAAGAAAGUAGCAGUGCAGAAGAACCAGAUGAAAGAUCUGAUUCUGUAGAAAAGAAGAAUCCUGAGAAGAGCUCGAAGAAGAAAGAUGGAAGAAACAUUGAGUGUUUUAACUGCCAUAAAUUCGGGCACUUUGCAUAUGAAUGCUUCUCAGGGAAAGGGAAGAAAAAGAAUAAGUUUCAAAGCAAAGAGGCUCAUCUUGCACAGGAAGAAUCAGAUUCAAAGCCACUAAUCCUGAUGGCAAUGACAACUACUGAAGGUAUGAAGUCAUUUGAUAAAGGUUGGUAUCUUGACUCAGGUUGCUCGAAUCACAUGACGUGCAAUAGAGAGUAG